AUGGUGCGUAACGAGACCUGGUGCUUGGACAAUCUCUACACGCUGCUACCCGCAGAGGCACAGGAAAGUCUAUCGAAGAUUGCCCCUCAGCUAACCCUCAAUCGCGCGGACAAGUGGAUUUGGUCCCCUAGUGCAACCGGGUGCUACACGGUGCGAAACGGUGGCACCCUACUUCAUGAAGUUUGGAAAGCUCCUCCAACGGGCAAGAUCAAAUUAAAUACUUAUGGUAGUUGGAGGGAGCCGGGAGCGUUCAUUGGCGGAGGUGGACUGUUGAGAGGAGCGGAUGGAGGUUGGCUUCACGGCUUCUGGUCUUGUGGACAGGGACAGAGUGCGUUCAUGGCCGAGCUUGAAGCACUAAGAGACGGGCUCCAAAUGGCUUGGAACAGCGGGUACAAAGAUAUCGUAGCAGAGGUGGAUAGUAGAGAGACUCUUCACGUGCUAAGGGACGCUGCUUCUCAUGCUUUCUGCCCUGUACUAAGCGAGGUGGUUAAGCUCCUGAGUUAUCAAUGGCGAGUGGACCUUCAAUGGAUUCCUAGAGAGUGCAACGCAACUGCAGAUUGUUUAGCUAAACUAGGCCUGGAUGGUGGGAUUUUGGGUAUUAGCUAUUUUGAGAGACCUCCAGUGGAAGUUGAACCUCUCCUCCUGAGGGACUCGUUUUCCGCUUUUUAA